AUGAACCUUGCUGGAGAUACGGUUGAACAGCAAGCUGAACAAGCUCUAAAAAAUCUCAUGAACAUAAUCAAGGAAGCUGGCGGCGAUAGCAAGCACGUCGUAAAGACGACCGUACUGCUGGCUUCCAUGGACGACUUUCCCAAGGUCAACGAGAUUUAUGCCAAAUGUACGUUUAAGCUGUGAACGAAUCCGGUUUUUUAGAUUUCUCCGAACCAUAUCCUGCAAGGAUGUGUUUUGCGGUUAAGACUCUUCCAAAGGUAAGUCUUGUUCAUACUUACUGAGUGCGCCUAGAACGCUCUUGUAGAGCUUGACGCCGUCGCUGUCCUGGAUUCUUGA